AUGAGGUCAAUUUGCUGCCUUUCCACUUUAAAUAAAAUCCAAAUUAGGGCGCAUGCAACAUAUGAUGUUGCUCCGUUGAGUCACAAACAAAUUUUUUCGCUCUAUCGGAAUUGGGGCAAAACACGUAACGAACUGGACCUCUUGGAGGAGGUAGAGGAAAAAAUUUUUAGGUGGAAGCUUAAUAAAUGGCAGAUGCGAAUUCCGCCUCUUAUCACAGCACAUGAAAAAGAAGUAAUACGUCAACAACAAGAACUACUAAAGGACUUAUUCUUUAACUGGAGGAAAUGUAGAGAUGCUGUAGAUGCGGACCUCGAACUGAUUUCCUCCAUUACAAGCUUACCAAAGGAAACAAUUAGAGAGAAGAAUCGGUUAUGGCUUCAAGAGGAAGCAGCAAAACUGCGUUGGGUAGGUGAGGUCAACAAAGCAACACAAUUGCGUGACGCUUUUUUGCGUUUAGAAGUUUGCGGAUCACGGGAUCAUAUGCUUUUAGAACGACUAUGUUGCAUUUAUGGACUUGGCUUACAAGGCUCCUUUGAGAAUGCCUUCUCAAACUACAUUAUGGAAGAUCCUACAACUAAAAAAAUAUAUAUUAAUGAAUCAAAUGCCUUUAGUGAACUAAUGGCUCAUAUUGUUAAUACAUAUCCUCAAAUAGCUAUCAUUUACGACUUCCUAGGCUUUAACCUUAUUGAGGGAUAUCGUUCAUCACUGCGCCAAUACCUUCAAUGUAUGAUUUCUCGAUCAUCACAGGAGACGACAACAACAGGUCGUUUAUUUUUUGGAACGGGAAAGCCUGCUGAAAUUCUUUUUGAUUUUGGUAAUAGUAAAGAGUCUUUGGUUUCUGGUGAACACGUGCAGGGCUUUCCGGAUUUCGUUUUUGUGAAGGGAGCUGAUAUUACUCUUAUUAUCAUUGCAUCGGAUAAUUUUUGGCUUCGCAAUCGUCAGCUGCCUCAUAGGAAGCAAAUGGAGGGCAUAGCACGUCGUGCUAGUUUUGUUCUGGGCAUUCCAUUUUCAGAUGUGCGUGUUCGGAACCUCCUUUUGCCUCCGAACUACCUUGACAAAGACUCUAUUUGCCGGAUCAAUGAGGUGGUUCUUGGAAUAUCAGAUGCAGAGCAGCGGAUUUUGGCGCCUUGGCUUGAAAUGUAUCAGAAAAAGUUAGAUUCCAAAGAUGUUGAUUUUUGCUAUCUUAUGAAAUCAACAAAUGAGGAGGAAUGGCUUACAUUGUAA